AUGGGUGAUUAUAUUAAUAUUUUCGUUGUAAUAUGCCUUGCUUGUUGUACGUGCUUGUUCUUAAUCGCCGUCCUUAUUCUGUGUAUCUGGUUGAACAAGAAAUGUUACAUUAGCAGCAAAACCGAGCAGUACAAAACAGUGUCAGAAAGAAGAGCCCAAGAGCCACCGACGGCCCGAGAGCAUCGAAAGCCGCCGAUGGUGACUUUCACGACUGAACAACCCUCGUCAUCCAAUCCUCAAACAGCACAGCCGCAAAAUCAUCGU